AUGAAGGGUAAAGAACCAAGUGCUGUUAUAACAGAUGGUGAUCCUGCAAUGCGGAAUGCUAUCAGUCGAUUGUUACCUGAAGCUCACGAUCGUUUGUGUGCAUGGAACCUUUUACAAAAUGCUCAAAGGAAUGUUGGGGAUCCUAAUUUUGUGAAAGGAUUUAAAAGCGACCUUAACCUUGAAGACGAUGCAUGGGUUCAAGGGAUGUAUGAGAAAAGGCACAUGUGGGCUACAAGUUUGAUGAGGGGAAAGUUCUUUGGUGGUUUUCGCACUACCUCACGUUGCGAAGGUAUGCAUUCACAAAUUGGUAGGAUUGUUCGUUCCCGAAAUAGCCUACUUGAGUUUGUUCAGUAUUUUGAGCGUUAUGUGAAUUACAUGCGCUGGAGAGAGGUUGAUGCAGACUACAAGUCAGUGGUAGGUGACGCUGUUCUACAGACAAGCGUGCGAGAGUUGGAAAAGUCUGCUGCAGAUUUGUACACAAGGACUGUAUUUCUAAAAUUCCGUCCUUGGCUAAUAAGAGGGAGCGUAAUGAAAGUUGCCUCGAUAAAGGAGACAUCAUCAUGUAUCAUAUAUUCUAUGUAUAAGUAUUGCAAACCAAGCAAGCUCUGGCAUGUUGCACACGAUGAAAGUAUGUCCACCUUCAGAUGUUCUUGUCAGCGAAUGGAGUCGUUUGGGCUGCCCUGUGAUCAUAUUAUUGCUCUUUUGGUGCAUCUGGACAUUGAUGUCAUACUAGAGAGUUUAGUCAUGCACAGAUGGUGCAAGACAGCCAAGGAAUGCAUGAAAGAGAAAUGUUCAACCUUGGGUGUGAGUCUAUGGAAGACUAUCGACACUGUUGAUGUAAUGGCAAAGCAUGUUGUGAAGCUGAAGGCUAAGAGGGAUGCCACAAAAGGCGCAGCUGGUGAUAACGUUGAGACUCCAAAUGCCGGGUUUGAUAAUGUUAAAAAUCCUAAUGUUGUUAGGAGCAAAGGAUGUGGUACCUCUGCUGCGAACAGAACCAAGGUGAAAAGAAAGUGCACUGUCUGUAAGAUGGAAGGUCACAACAAAACAACAUGCACUCAGAACAAACGGCUCAAAGUAGCGCAUGAUGAUGCUGGUUGUGCUGGAGGUGGUGAUGCUUAG